AUGCAUCUCGUGUGCCAUCGUGGAUUCAUCUCCAUCCACCCGCAGCUGCUCAUGCCAUCACCCCCAUCUCACCCGCAGCUGCUCAUGCCAUCACCACCAUCUCACCUGCAGCUGCUCAUGCCAUCACCACCAUCUCACCUGCAGCUGCUCAUGCCAUCACCACCAUCUCACCUGCAGCUGCUCAUGCCAUCACCACCAUCUCACCUGCAGCUGCUCAUGCCAUCACCACCAUCUCACCUGCAGCUGCUCAUGCCAUCACCACCAUCUCACCUGCAGCUGCUCAUGCCAUCACCACCAUCUCACCUGCAGCUGCUCAUGCCAUCACCACCAUCUCACCUGCAGCUGCUCAUGCCAUCACCACCAUCUCACCUGCAGCUGCUCAUGCCAUCACCCCCAUCUCACCUGCAGCUGCUCAUGCCAUCGGGGCGGCUUAUUCUUCAGCACCAUUGGCUCCCAUCCCUCCUCUCCGCAUCUCUCGCCUUCAUGUCUCUCCCGACAGAGUUCGUGGCAGCAUGA